AUGUCCAUGCAGGGAAUACUGCUAGCGGGUGCCCCUCUAGAACUCGAAGAUAAAACAUCGUGGGAGGUCCCUGCGCAGCAAUUGGAUAAGCUGUUCGAAUUAUCUGGUCAUCUUGGACUGGAUGGAUACAUCACGCCUGUGCAAGCGUGGAAUCGAUUAAUGAAAUAUUUUGAUCUUGCGUCGAUAAACUUUGGAACUUUGGAGGCUUUGCGAUCGGCUAUGAUUCCGCAUAUUAAGUGUUAUGGGUGA